AUGGAGCUGUACCUCAGUGCCUGCUCCAAGACUGCCAAUGUGGCCGCCAACAAGGCAGCCUCCAGCAGUGUGGCUGAGGACAGUCAACAAUGUGGAGAUGGGGCACGCAAAGCCCCACCCCCAGGGGUGGGAGCUGCUCAGCUCUUGGAUCUUCCCCUUGGAGUCAAGCUGCCUAUGAUUCCAGGAACUGAUACUGUAUAUUUUACUACGAAUAUCAGCGAAAAGCUCUUUCGACCUUCCUAUGGUUUUAACCUGAGUGAUCCUUACUGCCGACUUUUGGAAACCCAAUAUAAAAGUCUCCAUGAUCCACACUUACGAACAUACUAUAGGCGCAAAGAUAUUCUGAGGAAACUAAAGAAAGGUGGCUACAUCACCAGCAAUAAUAAAAUUGUAUGUAGCUUGAGGGAGCUGAAUAAAUACAGGCAAUACCUUACCAGCUUAAAAUUAGACUUUGAAAGAAACUAUUUAAGAGAACAGCAAUUGAUUUCAAAGCAACUACAUAAGCUGCAAGAAACCAGCCAACUUCCUAAAUGUUCUGACGUCACACGUUUCCAGAACUGGUUGUUACAGGACAAUACUCUGUCUAUUAAGGACCAAGAACGCUUGUUAAGGCACAGAUAUUUGGAUAUGAUAAGUAAAGAAUUAGAACAACUUGAGCGCACGGCGGAAGAGCAACGCCUACUGCGCAUGGACAGAGAAGAGAGGCGACAGCGGGAGUACACAAGAAAAAAACUUAGUCUUCGUAGAAAAAUUGAAGAGGAAUGGAAAGCAAAGGAGAUGCUGCUUCUCACGAAGAUCGGAGAAGAUGUUAAGAGAGAGCAGAGAGUAGAAGAGCAAAGGCGGAGAAGCCGAGAGGAGAGUGACAGAAAGAAACAAGCAAUGCUAGAGAAAAAAAUGGCUUAUCAUAUACAAAAAAUGCAGGAUACUGGCUUUAAAGAUGACACAGGAAGAAAUGCAUUUGAAUAUAAAGGACAAAAUGGAACAACUUAUGAAUCUUUAACAAAGAAGAAAAAGAAGCCGUUGGAUGAUAUAAAAGUAGUUUAUCCUGGUGGUGACCAGAAAGCAAGUAAAGGAACGUCAGGACAAGUGUCAGCUACAGUUAAUCAGCCUCAGAUUAGCUCAAAGACUGUUUCAAAAAUAUCAGGAUCCUCAGUUGCUUAUCAAACAGACAUACAGAACAGUAGCUCAGAACAAAAGAGAAAUGGAGUAAUGAAAAAACCAAGUGACGAAAGAGUUCCUGGAAACACGUCAGCUAGAGAUUCAAUUAUUUCAGGUCAAAAUUCGCCCACAAAGAAUGCUAGGCUUUCGCAAUCAUCUUUGCAUCCUCAAAAAGAAGAGAAGGAGAUGCAAGGUGACUGGAAUGGAAGACCAAGCAAGAAAUCAAGUUAUGUUGGUGAACCAGGAUCUCAGAGUGGUGCUCCACCCCCAGGAAUUUUUUCUUCUCCUGCUUAUUCACGUAUGCAGCAAAAUCUACAAAACUGUUUGCAAGAUAAAGUAACUUCUGAAGAACUAAAUAGCAUAAUUCAAAAUAUCAUGACCUGGGUUGUAGCUACAGUAACCAGUAUAUUAUAUCCAGCCAUCACAAAAUAUGAAGAAAGAGUGCAGAGUAAUAUGUACCCAGUCUCUAAUGACUCAGAUCUUUCUUCAGAUAGUUCAAGUUUCUGCAGUACAUGCAGUGAGGGCUUUACGUUCAGAAGCUCUACAGCUAAUACAUUUCAAACAGAUCCGUGCACACUUACCAGUGACAUGCCUGUGAAGAACCCACCCACACCUUUGAAACCCCCCUCUGCGCAUGUGGAGAGAACAGUUAUUGGCAAAGCCUAUCAAAGGGAGGGACAAUCUAUAGCUACACAAGUCAAUUACAAAAAAACCAGCUUGGACUAUCCGCUUCCUAAGAUAGGCAGCAGUAAAUCCGAUAGUCAACUUUUAACAUCAUUGGAAGAAAGCACUAUAAAAUCCAAAGACGCUACCACAGAAACAGAAAGUUUAGAGGCUCCAUGGCUUUAUGAUAAAAAAGCAAAGGCCAUGGAUCAAGUGAAAAACUUAAAAAAUGUCUUUGUAAACUUUAAAUGUCACUUGAAAGGAGAAACACAACUUAUUCUGGAAAGUAUUUUUCAAGAAAUAAUGUCCGACUUAAGCCAGGCCAUUCCUUCUCUAUCUUCAGUGACAGCGGAAGUUUUUGUUGACCAAAGUGAAACCGAGAGAGAAGAGUUGCUCUCCAAUGUUGACAUAUGCUCCGUAGCUUCAGAGAUUGUGGAAAACAUGCUUGAGAAGCUGGAGUUUGCUGUUGAGAAAAAAUGUGUGCAGAUGUUUUCACAGGAAGAUUUCUCAGUGGACAUUAAACCAAGUUUAUCAGCUAGUGGUGAAUAUUUGUCAUCUGCCGAAACCAAACCUUCAGAAGAUAUGCUGACUUAUGCUUUGGAACCAAUGUGUGAUAUUGCAGAUGAUAUGGUACAUUCCAUUUUAGAAAAGCUGGUGACUCUUGCAUCUUAUAAGAAAAAUGAACCUCCUCCUGAAGACACGACUAAAUAUUUCCACCAACAAGUUAAGACAGAGCCAAUGCAUAAAGUCCAUCAAAAAACUGACCAAAGGAAAUCUAGUCCUGCGUCUGACGCUGCUAAUCUUAUUGUGAAAGAAGAGAUACAAAACCUAAUAUCAAAUAUUUUUUCACAGUCCUCUCUGGUUGGUUAUGUAGAAGAGGCAAUCAGCACUAUACUAGGCUAUGUCCAAACAGAACUCAAUAAUGAGAGACUUAUUGCGUCGGAGGAAACUGUAGUCCUUCUGCAGCUGCUGGACGAUGUUUUAACUCAGCUUCACCAGGAUCCAUUAAAAGCAGGUGGUAAAAAACGUAGACAACCCAGAGUGAGAAACCCUUCUGACCCUGAAGAAAAGUACAGACUCGCUGGCACUAGGUCAUUUAAUGGACACAGGAAUAAAAGACCAUUUCCACCUGUUAAUGUCCCAGGCAUGGUUCUCUAUUCUGAAGACGAUAGUGAGGAAAUAGAUAACUUUGUGCAGAGCGUGCUUGAUUCAUCCUUCAGUGAUAAAAAAGUAAAAUCACCAGAGCAGAUUCCUAACCAUUGGCCUCCAAAGAGAGAUACUUGUUUUGAAUCCAAAGUAAGUAAUAAACUACCAACAAAACCUACUCCUCGAAGCAGAGCUGGACCUCGUGACUGGGAAUUAAAUUUGGACUUCUCGCUCAGUAGCGAAGACAUUAGGAUGACAAAGCACUGCUUGAGUAACGACACCUCAAUUUUCAGCCAAGACCAAAAGCACCAAAUACAAAAGGCUUCAGAAAACAUCGUGAAACACAUUUUGGAAGACAUGGUCAAGGAUAUGUCUUCCAUUUCAUCUAGUCCCUCUGGAAGCAAACAGGGAGAAGAAGCUUCUGUUUUCAUUAAUGAAAAAGCUCCAGGAUUAUCUGAUCAAGAACGAAUGGAACAGAUGUUCUCUGGGCCAGAAAUCUGUGCAUUUGCACACGAAAUAACAGAUUCUGUGAUAAAUAUACUUCAUAAGGCCUCAAAGUAUAUCCCUAAUACCAUUAAAAAUGCCUUUUCAUCAGCUAAUCAAACUUGUUUAGAUCAUUCUGAUACUGGCCACUCAGCCAAAGAAACAUCAAAUAAAACACCAUUCAAAGUAUGGUUUGACAGUGAAAAGAAAAUGAAAUAUUUAUCUUCUCUCAACAUAGACCUUGAAAAGACUUCACAGACAAGAUCUGGAGAAUGUGGACCUAAACAUGUAAAUGAUAUUACUGAUAAGAUUAUUAAUACAAUUUUUAAAAGACUAAAGCUGUUUAUUUGUCCGAAAUUGAAGACAGGCAAAAAAUCUUCACUGAUAGAGAAAUCGUUACAUUCUCAACUUAGCUCUUACACAAUGAAAAUAGUCAACAUUGUUUUGCAUGCUAUCCAGAAUGAACUAGAAAUCAACAAGAUAAACCCAGCUCUUAGAGAGACAGAACAUACCAAGUGCCACACAAGCGAAGGGUUGUUUGCUGGUUCCAGUGAAGCAGUGGACCCCCAUAUCACCAAUGUCAAUGACACCAUGGAAAAUCCAUUACUGACGUGCAUCUAUGAAAUUAUAUCAAGUACAAAUGAGGAUCAAAAAAAUGCUUCAACCUCUACAGAUAAGGGAGUGUCUACAACUUUCUGUAGGUCAGAAAAUAUUAAUAAACAAAACAUUUUGUCAAGUAAACAGGAUAAAAAAUCUUUCCGCAAAUGUUUGGCUACACCUUGUGUUUACCACAGUGUCACUGAUGGAAAAGAUUUUAAGGAUAGUUCCAAAUUGCAGGUGUUAGAUCGAAUUGGAGAGAUGCUGCAUGAAAUGUUAAGCAAACUCACAGGUGCCCAUAAUGAUUCUCAACCAUCUUGCAGUAAGGAAAAUACAGAGAACUUACAAAAAGAUCCUCCCAAGCUGUCUAAUGUUCAGCUCAUUUCCAAAACAAUUCUGGAAUAUGUCCUUGCAAAACUAUGUGACAUUGACAUAGAUACCAGCACCAAAAAUUCUGGAUUGAAAACUGUCUCAGAAUCACUUGACAUUGACAGCCUAUCAUUUUCCUCAACAAUGGAGGAAAUGGCCAAAUGUACCAACAUAAUCUCUAACAUAAUUUCCAAAAUCAUGACCAAAGACAAAGAAAAAAACACAGUGUCUUCUGAAAUAGAGAACUCAAAAGAAAUGUGCCCAAAUAAACUGAAAACUAUUGCUUCAGAUAUUCUUAACAUGGUUUUUGCAAAACUAGAACGAUUUGCCAUUGGAAAUGUAGAAAAUAUUGAUGUUCUUAAUGAUGAGAAUAAAAAAGAGACUACGCUAGGUUGGGAGUGUGAAAGCAACAGUUCCCUCACAGAUUCCCAUGAUAAAUCAUUGCAGUCUACUAUAUACACUCACGCGAAGAAGGUAUCAAGUGCUAUUUUGAAAGUCAUUCAAACGGAACUAAAUAUGAACCCAUCAGAGAGUAGGGAAGAUAGAAAAAGCUCAGAGCAGGAGACAGAAACACUUACAAACAUAGUUGAUUUAAUUUUAAAAGUAGUAUCCCCAGAUGUGUUUGUUGAAUCUGAACCCGAGGACAGAAGCAUGGAAACUCACGGAUACAAACCAACUUAUGGUAAUUUCCUUCCUGGAGGAGCUGAACCAGAGGCAUUUCUAGAUGACCACAUACAAAAUGAAGAAGGCAUCCGAGAUCAAACAUCACUCAGAGAGGAAACCAGAAGUUUUUCUACUGACCAGUGGGUUCUAGAAAGAACCUUAAACAAAAUUGAAGUGAAACUCAAAGAACCCCACAAAUCUCCAAUUGUUCCCAUUAUAAGAAAUAUUUUGAAUGAAAUCUUUCGAAGUGCUCUAAUCCGUCAACUAAAUGCGGUUUCUCUCUCUCGCUCUCAUUUCCGUGGUAUGCCCCGCAGUGCUCCUGGGUCAGCUGCUCAAACAUCUACUCAUUUGAUGGAUCAGCUGAUGAGCCCAUUAGUGUCUGACACAGACGUCACUGUAGUGGUGAACGAUGUGGUUAAGACGGUAUUUCACAAGCUUUAUUCAGCCGCUAUGACAAAGAAGCAGGUAAGUGAAAGCAGAUGUGAAGCAAUCAUCUUUUCAGCCAAUGUUUCUUUCCAUGAGCAUACCUAUGGAGAAAGCACCCAUGUCAUUGGGUUAAAUGGAAACUCAUGUGAUCUUCAGUCCAGCUGGAAUGUUGACAAACAGACCAAAAUAAAUGUCGUAGAAGAUAUUGUGCAGGCAAUAUUAGAAAAUUUAGAAAAUUUUGCUGCGUCCAAAGUAGAAUCACUCUUUUGUCCCCAAGUUGACUUCAGAGUUCCAGUAGCUUUACCAGUACAGGAGGAAGGGGGGACGCUGAGCAAAGUGUUGUCAAGCACAGAUUCAUAUUCUGAUAAGCAAUUUCCCUGUUGUUCAUUGGAUUAUAGUAAUCCAGGAAAUGUGGACUCAUGGUGCCAGCUGUCACUGUCCAAAUUAAAUAUUUACGCUAAGGAAGUGGCUAGGAAAAUUUUACAAGGUAUCAAACAUGAGUUAGAUAAAGAACAAGGAAGUCCUCUCUUGACAAAUAACAUUGUGGUUUCUGAGAAUAUUGCAAGUCAAGUUGUUAACACAGUGCUCAAUAUUGUGUCCUGCAAGAGCAAGUGUGACAAAGCCAGCUCUGAUAAAGAGAAUUACUCGGAUCAGCAAGACCCCAUUAUUGAAAGGCUAGUCAAUAAGACAGACUAUGGAAAAAUACUCGAGUUUCAAAUUCAGGACACUAUCGAAGGGAUCUUAUGUGAUAUUUAUGAAAACAUUGUGUACCAGAAUAAUCUCUCUCUUACCACACCAACUCUGAAAUAUAGUAUACCUGGAAAACACCCAGAUGCAAAUUUCGAGCCAGUUGCUAUGGGUACAAAUAUGGUUCCAAAAGUAUCAGUCCCUAAAGCAGAUGUCAUUUUGGUGUCCAAAGAUAUAGUGGACAUUGUGCUUCGUAGCCUUACGUCCUUGGUCAUGCUUGCCAUAAACGCAAAGGAUUCUGCUUCUGCCAGACUGGCCUUCUGCGAUCUGUUCCCCAAAUCACUGUACCAACAGCCUCUUUUUAUAACACAAGGAAUGGAGGGGAAAGCAGGGCAUUUGUCACAUCCAACAAAUAAGGAUUUAGCUUAUGCCGACGCUUGUCAGAUGCCUGCAAAGGGGAAAGAAGACACCAAGGGGCCUGCUCCUGACUCGUGCGAAAAAAAUGCCAACUUUAUUACUGAAACCAUUUUCAAUCGAUUACAUUCUUUUGCCACUGAAAGAAUGAAUUCAUUAAUGAGUCUUGCCUUUCAGUCUAAAGAAAACAUAUUUGUUAGCACAGAAUUGACAAAUGGUAAACAAGAUGACAGUGUUUUUCAUGAAUCAGGCCAAGUUGAAUAUGAUGUGAAUGCCCUAAAAUUAACAACAACCAAAACAGUCUCCAGCCAAGAGCUUGCAGAACCCAUUUGUGCCAGUUGUGGAGAAAAUUUUGAAAGUACAAUCCAUUUAUCACAAACCAGCCUUAAGGAGUAUGCUGACUUCAUUGCCAGUGCUAUUUUGAAACUUAUUAAAAAUGACUUAGACUUAGAAAUACAAAGUAUGCACACAUAUUCAAACCACAUUUUAUUUCAAAAACAUAAGAUUGUGAGUGAAAUUGUUAAUAGUAUCUUAAAGAUUUUACAUAAUAAAGAAUCUGUAAAGGAAUUUUUUCUAUCCUCACCAGAGAAUCCUAGCUGUUCACAGUUAAGCAUAUCAAAUGAUGACGUUUUGCUGGGAUACAAAGAGAAGGAAAAGACAACCAUAUCAUCACAGUUAACAGAUGACUCCUUAGAAGAAAACCAAACAGCAUUGGAAAAUGAAAGCGAGAGAGUUGUUUUGGAAGAAAUAUUUAUGCAAAAAGGAGAAUCAAAAGCAAGAAGAAAAGCUGAAAUACUCAAGGCAGUGGAAGAGAUUCUGAAGAACUUGAGUCAAAAAAUAGUGGAAAUGACCGGCCACUCGCCCUCAUUUAAAGAAAUUCCCUAUAUUGUGUCUAAAUGUAGAAGCAAAACAUCAACGAUAACCCAGGAGAAAGUCCUUCAGCCACAUAUUAACAACGUAUCAAAUUAUAUACUUGAAAAUAUUUUGGGAGAAAUGCACUCUGUGAUUGUGACAUCCUUGUACAAAAAGAGUAAAAGCAAGAGAGAAGUAGAAAUGCAUGACAGCAGCGACACCUCAUCGACAACACAACCAUGCUUUAGAGAAACUAAGCCGAGAAAAAGAAGUAACCACCUUAGUCCUGGGGCGCCACAAAUGCAUCCUUCUGCUGACAAUGUAAAUGCUCUUGUGUUAGAAAACACUUUUUUGCCAUAUUCACCAUUGGAGAUCGGAAGAUAUUUAGUUCAAAUAGUUCUUGAUAGGUUAUCAAAUUUUGUCUCCAUGCAUCUAGAAGAGACAUUUCCCCCUGAAGGUAGUUAUGAUGACUUGUACCUUCUUAGACUACAUAAUUCUAAACUAAGCCCCAAGAACAGCCCUAGGCCAGGAUGUAAAACAAGUUUAAAAGCGAGGUCAAAAAUUACCCCUCUCUCUAAAUAUAAAACAAAACCACAUCUAGGACUUAGUGGUACUAAGUCCAAAAGCAAAACCAAGUUAGGUGCCGGAGAGAAGAGUCCAAGAGAGAACCGAUCCAAAACUGCCAUUGGGCUGCCACAAACACCAGCAGCAGCGGACGCCAAGACCGUACUGAGAACCAAUCUUCCAGUUUCUGAAUUAAGAAUUCAUGCCAAGAAUAUAAUAAUUGAGAUUUUAGAAAUAAUUAUGAAAGAACUUGAAAGGGUGGCACUAAGUAGAGCCGUGCUAAAUACAAAGGCUUUACUGUCUGGCGAGAUCUCUGAAGCCAGUAAAAUUGUUAAUGCAGUGUUGCAAGAGUUGUACGCUACAAACAACCACAACUCAGCUUCUCCCAUUCUCUCAAGUCUGCAUGAUCUUCAUUUAUCAAAGCAGAGUCUCGGUGCGGGUUCCCCAGUCGAGCAGCACGCAUGUUUUUACUUAGAGAAUGUUUCCUCACAGUUAGAACAAAUUUUUCCUAAAGAAGGUAUAUUUAAAAAAAUGUUUGACAUAUGGCAAGCAGAAACAAGUGACACAGAAAAUGAAAAGUCUAAACUUUUAAGCAUAGCUGAAAACAUUUUGACGGAAAUUUCAAUUAAAGCAAAAGACUUAGAGUAUUCGCUUUCACUUUUAAAUGUGCCACCUCUUGAAGCACGUGAGAACAGACUCCACGGUGGCCCUACCAGGUCUGAGGACACAAAGGCGCAGAUCAGCAUGUUUGGGCGGGAGAUUGUCGAAAUGCUAUUUGAAAAACUACAGCUGUGCUUCUUGUCUCAGAUGCCUACUCCAGAUAGUAGCAGAGUUCUGGCAAGUGGGAAAGAACACGUUGCUUCGAAAAGUAAACAUGGUGUCCCAACCAAGCGUGUCCUCAGCGCCAUGAAGACCUGCCACACGAGGACGAAAGAUCAAGUGUCUAUGAGCCAAAGCAACCAAAUUGUGCAAGAGAUUGUAGGAAGGGUUUUAAACAUGUUAGAGUCAUUUGUGGACCUGAAGUUUAAGCAUAUCUCUAAAUAUGAGUUUUCUGAAAUAGUAAAAAUGCCCAUAGACAAUCUUUUUCAAGUGCAGCAGAGACAAUUAAGCAAAAAGAUGUCGCCAAAGUUACAACCACUUAGAAAGGUUGGUGAUGAAUCCAAGUCAAGUACUGUUGUAUCCAAGGAAAAUGUGCAGAACACACUCCUACAGGUUCACAGCUUCCAUUCAGAAUUACUUACGUAUUCUGUCACUACUGUCACUGACAUGCUUAGUAUCAUCAAGAACAAACUAGACAAAGAAAUAAGCCAGGUGGAAGCAUCCCCAGUUAGCACACUGAGAGAGAGCAUUGCAGCAAGUGACAUCAUUGGUACAUUGAUAGACCAGUGUGCUCAUUUUAGUGAGUCUUUAAUCACAAACCUUCCAAGCAAAAAUUGGUUUAACGGAACUGACAAUGUUUACAUUGUUAAUCCAGUUGAAUUUGCACCCCAUGUGAAAAUAUCUACACCAAGCAUGAGGGACACUAACGCCCGGAGCAAUACUCCUCGAAGGAGUUCAUCUGGCUCUCGGUUUAAUUCGGAGGAUGACACGGAGGAAAAGUAUGGCAUCACAUCUACUUCACCCUCACAGAUCAGUUCCUGUGUUGAAAACACAAUGCGAAGCUCGGAGCCAAUGAGAAGGCCCAGUUCAAAAGCCAUGCCAUCAUAUUCUAGAAACAAAGCCCAAGACCACAGCCAAAGGAAACCCAACAUUAGGUCUUUUGAGGAAGCCGAAAAAGGUAACAGCUGUCUCCCUGAAGGCAGUGUGUUACAAAAAUUGUUUAAGAAAGCAAACGACUCCACGGAAGAAUCGUUAAAACAAGUCAUGUCAUUUAUAGAAAUGAGGAAAAGUGAAAACCCAAGGGUUUUUCAUUAUGAGACCACCAAACCAACUGAGCCAAAUGAAAUUAAGACAAAUGCUUCCCCACUUAAAAUAUGCUUAGCUGCAGAAAAUAUUGUAAACACAGUACUGUCAAGCUAUGGCUUUCCUCAUCAGCCAGACCCUAAGGAAAACGUGGAGACCAUGAAACCAUUUUUUGUGUCAAAGCAAGAUUCUUUGUCUGAAGUAUUUGAAGGACAAACAAAUAAAGAGAAAAAUUUGCUCGGAAUGUGGUGUAAACGAAUGACCUGUGUUCACGACAAAGAAACUGGAAGUCUUGAAGCCCGCCAAGGAGAAUUUUCUUUACUACGCAAGUGGAAAAAUAAAACCCCAAAAGUGCCGACAGAGACUUUGGAGGAAACUGACACCAUUGUUUUUGCUGAUCAUGAACUGGGUCCAAAUGAAAUGCAUUUAGUGGCAAGACACGUUACUACCUCCGUGAUCACACAUCUGAAGAACGUCAGAGCUUCAGUUUCAACUGAGACGUUGUAUCCUAUAUCUUCACCCUUAAAGAAAAAUUAUGAUGCAAAACAGCCUCUAAAAAGCAUAUACAGUAAUUCUUCAGUUUAUCAGUUUUGUGAAUGCCUCUCGGAAUCAGUUAUUUGUUACCUAAUUUCAGACAUUAUUGAUGGCACCAAAGAGAAAGCAUGGGAAACCCAAGAUGCAAUAUAUAACAGAAAUAUCUCAAUCCAUUCUCUAGUGUAUAAGAACAGAUCUACUUCCAUUGGAGAACUUGCUUUAAGUAUUUUUGAAGUUAUUAUUGAAAUUCUUUCUAAUGGCAACAUGAUUAAUGCUAUCAAGGCACAUCAGGCUUCCAGAAAAGCAAAGUACAUGCUCUGUCCAGGAGUGACGUCUUCUGACUUUGAUGAUAUCUUUCAAGAUCUUUUAAAAGGGGUGAUUUUUGUAUUGUCCAAAGCACUAGGAAUAGAUCAUUUUGAAAAUAAUGUAAGAAAGAAGCCGUAUUCCACAUUUAGCAAUAGUGUGCCCAUUUUCAACAGAUUAAAUACCAUGGAAAGUCAGAGAAGCCCCAGAGACUGGGGGCCAUCUCCCGACCUAAUUGAUCAUCUUGCUCAGAGAAAUAAAUUAAAUUACCUGGCCUAUAGAUUAAGUAGCCUGGUGGGUAGCCUAAAAUCUCAUGAAUCCAAAGAAGUUGUCAAUGAAGUUUUCAAUAUUAUUUUAGAUUUAUUUUUACCAGAUGAAUUUCCAGAUGAGGGUAUGAGUUCCAGUAAACUAGCAAGAACAUUUUUCUCCUCGAAUAAUCAAGAAAGUAAUAGAAUUGUUACAAACAGUCCCGGGCUUUCCCCCAAAUCAGUUUUUCUUCUCAACAUUGUGUGUGAGAAGCUUAUUAGAACACUUCUAGAAAAGUGCACGGGCACUGCAUUUUUUGAGGAUCGUUCGUGUUUUCCUGAGGUAGCAGAGCAAUGCCGACAUGUCAAAGUCCUUCCAAGUGUUCAGGGUGGGCAUUUCCAUUACUGUAAGGUGCCAAUGGAUUGUGAGCAGUUUCAAGGAGAUUACACGUCAGAACUUCUAGAAAAUCUGGCAGACAUGGAUCAAGAUUUAUCAUCAUCAGACUAUGUACUUAAUUUUGUUUCCCACAGCUUGGUUAAAUCUUUGAUGGAUAAUCUGUCUCAUGGUUUUCAACAAGUUCCUUUUGAAAACAAAUACAUGAACUACAGCACAAGAGAAAUACAGCCUUUUUAUCCAAAACCAAAAAGGCGAGAACCAAUAGCAGUAGGACAAACUAAAGCUCAUGUAGGGUUCAUGACCUACGACGGUGAUUUUUUUACCAGGUCCUUUAAUAAUGCCAAUGCAACUAGCUUUAAAAGGCAAACACCAUUUGGCAAACAACAUUCAGUAAAACCUGAGAGGAAAGAAACAAGGGGAAUGAGCCCAGAGGCCUUUCACAAGCCAUGUCAAAGAGGUUUAAAUGAUGCUGUUUACUCAGCCACAUUUUUGGAGGAGAUAAUCUCAGAAUUGUUCUUUAAUCUGUCUAUGUCAUUGUGGAAGAAAAAUGUAAACAUCAGUGAAGCCUGGCUCAAUGAGAUGAACACAUUACUAAUCAACAGAGUAGUGCAUGAGUUAAAUAAUGCCCACAUUACUGUUCUAAGGUACCCUGAAGAAAGGUUAUAUUUUCCAUCAGCACAUAAAGGAUGUGUGGCUAAAAUCGUUGAUUCCAUUUAUUACAGCGUUUUACAGCAGUAUGAGUUCACAGUAACCUGUGGCAGUGAUCUGCCAUAUGAUAAGACUUCAGUAGCUGAACGAAUAUCUAACUGCAUAUUGUUGGAGGUUGCUGACUAUCAGCUUCCAUCCUGCUUCAAGGGAAAGCUCAAAUCAAAUCUAUACCACACUCUCAAUGCUGAAAUCAUAGUGUACAAGCUUCAAAAUAACCUAAGAAAAAUUAUUUCCGAACCCAUGUCUUCAAAAGGUUAUACCACCAUGUUACCACACUCGUUUUUAGAAUAUGUCAUCAGAAGACUUUUAGCUCAGCUUAUUCCACUGCAUAUGAAUCCUUCAUCCUUAGAAAAAAAGUAUUUGAUGAGUUCAGAUUUUAAUGACAUGUCCAACUGUAUAACAAAUAAGGUUAUGUCAGCCAUUUCAAAACAUAAAAUCUGUUUCACCGUCUAUGAUAAUCAAUGUUUGCACACAGAUAGAAAUCUCCAAAAGAUGGUAGAUUCUGUUUACAGUAAUAUUUUAGAAAUGUCUGGUUCUCUCGAUUUAAUACAGAAAAAUAUAGUCAGCCGAAGUCCAAUUAUGAUUGACCAAAUAGCUAGUUUCAUUAUUCAAGAGAUUAUUGAAAACCAUCUUCGGCCAUUUUUGUGUGGGGAGAACUCACCACGCCCCAAAACUCCACUGGAUGAGGUGUCUUACAUGGUCAAACAAGUCCUCAGUGAGGUUGGAGACUCACAGAACCCCCAGAAGCCAUCACCUUUCAGCAUGUGCCCCAAUAAGUUCGUAGGGGAAAUCGUUACCAGAGUUUUAGCAAAGAUUUUUAGUCCUAAGCCUAGUACUAAUGUGGAGCUAGAAAAUAUGACCCAAAAAAUAGUAAACUCAGUGAAUAACAAUUUGGACGAAGCUAAGAUUCCGAUUCUCCAUGAUAAGCAGCCGUCCUUUCCCUUGGGCGAUACAGACACUGUCGAUGAACUUGUCACCUCAGUUUACCGGAAUGUCUUGAAGCAGCAUGGGCUAGACCCUGAUAUUAACGAGUCUGAAAAUGGUGAUGCUUUUGUAGAAAAUAUUUCCAAAUUUAUCACAGCAGCUAUUUCAGACUACCUUCUUCAUCCCUUGUUUUCUGGUGACUUAUCAUCUGCUUCUUGUUCUAAUUCAAUGCCUUAUAAUACCAUUUAUGAUGAUCUUGGUAACAUCAAUAAAUCUAGUAAGCCAAACCAGACAUACUCUCCAUACAAUACAUUACUUCCAUAUACAUUUUUAGAAGAUAUGAUCAGAGUACUAUUAUCUAAAUUUUUCCCUUCUCCUAAGACAGUUUCAAAUAUAGCAGCUACAAGAGACAAAGGAGUAAAUUUUAAUGAAAUUGCAUCCAAUCUGAUCAGUGAUAUUAGGAGAAAAAUUUCCCAACAUGAAAUUAGAUUUUCAAAAGAUGAAGAGAAAACCAAGUCUUUUUACUCAGAAUAUGAUGUUCAGCGUCUUGUUGACUCUGUUUUCAAUAAUAUUUUGGAAAACUUUGGUUCCCAAGAAUCAGUGGAACAAAAUAUCACAAAAACUAAUGAUGUUUUAAUUAAUAAAAUGGCAGGUUUUAUUAUUAAGUAUAUCUGUGAACAGCAUCUUCAGCCAUUUGUGGAAAAAAAGCAGUCACCUACUUCAGCAUGCAAAUAUUUUGAAGAUAACAGACAACACUUGUUUUAUGCUAGUGUGUAUCCUUCCACUUUUUUGGAAGAUGUGGUCUCUGGGGUAGUAAGCAAAAUAGUUCACAGGGCGGUUGGCAUCGUACAAGUGGAAUCCUCAAGAAAUUCAGAAAAUGUUUUGUUUGAUAAAGCUGAAAACCUCAUAUAUUGGAUAACAGAGGAACUUUCAAAAGCCCAGGUUACCACUGUAGAGAAUGCUGAGGAGCGGUUGUGUUUGCCCCCUGUAAAGAAAGAUGUACUCCAAAAUAUUAUUGACACUGUGUACAGCAAAGUUUUAGAAAAAUAUGAAAUGGAAAUCAUGCCCAAUAAAGACUUUCUACAUGACACAAAGGCAUUGGCUGCUCAGAUAGCCAAAAUCACUCUGACUGAAAUUCUUGAUUUCCAAAUUUCACCAGAUCUUGUAGCAAGGUUGCCUUUAAGCUUCCAUUCUAAACUUAGUCCAAAUGUUUUGGUAGAUAGAGUUCAUUAUGACAUUAGUAAGUCAAGAUUCCGGAGACACGCUUCAGCAAAAUACACCACCAUGCUCUCACACACUCAUUUGCAGAAAAUAGUCACUCAGCUUCUGUCUCAGAUGAGCCCAUCGCACUCCUGUGUAGAACAUGCUGAUGCUUCUCAAUCAGACUUGAGUAAUACAGUCAUAAAACUAAUAAACGAAAUCAUGUCAAUAAUUUCAAAACAUGCAAUAUGUAUUGUAAAACAUGGGAAUGAAAAACAGAGUAUGAUUUCAGAAAGGGACAUGCAGUCAAUGGUUGAUUCAAUUUAUGCUGACCUUUCCCACUCAAAUCUAUACCAGUCUCUUACAAAAGAUAAAAAAGGUCUAAGAAGCAUACCUGUUUCAAAAAUAGCAAGUUUUAUAAUAAAGGAGAUCUUCAAUCAUCAUCUAGACUCAUUCUUAUCAGGAGAUAGAAAUAUUCUUUCAGCUUCAGUUGCUGAAACCCGCAAGCCAAAAGCAACAAACUUUCAGCAAAGAGAAUUGUCUUCCAUUGUGAACUCAGCUGUCUUUUUGGAGGAAGUAAUUACUGAGCUCCUAUGCAAAAUCCUUCAGACAUUCAUACAGAAUUGCUUGGCUGCUGAAACCACAGAAAGAGCAAUAGCUGAAAUAAUGGAUAUCGUCACAGCAUUAGUAAAAUCAAUUAUUUUAGAGUUCACCACAUCUGAAAUUUUAGUUGCAGAACAUUUGGAUGAGAGUCUGUGGUAUUCAGAAAUAUAUAAGGAAAUGGUUCAAAAGACAGUCGACUCUGUUUAUGGAAAUCUUUUAGGUGAAUAUAAAUCUCUGAUGCAACUACACUGGUCUGUGCAACAUGAGACUUGUUGUUUUGCAGGAAAAAUAUAUCACUUACUAUUGGAAGAAAUUUAUGAUUAUCAGGUGCAGUCACUAGUUUCAGGCGAAUUAAUGCCUUCUUCUUAUUCUUCCCCUCAAGCUGCAAAUAUCAUCAAAAAUGUGCUCAAUAUCAUCUUGAAGGACACCAAUGCUUUGCCUUCAUGCAUUACAGUGCUUCCUUGUUCUUUGAUAGAAAAUAUGAUUUAUAAGCUUUUAGAAAACAUCUUCCCUUCAGACAACACUGAAAGUGAACUAGAGGGAGAAGAUAGGCCAGAUGAUGAUGACGAGUUCCUGGCAGCAGCCUCAAAACUGACGGAUGAAAUCAUCAAAGAAAUUUCUGAACAUGAGAUCAGAUUUGCCACCACAGAGGAGGAUGCAGCCAAUAUACAAUUAGAAACCGCUGAGAAUUUCAUUGAUUCUAUAUGUAAUAAUAUUUUGAAAAGUUAUGAAUUCCAGGAAGAAAUACAGAAAGAUGCACAUAAAAAGGGAGACUCAUUUCUCAGUAAAAUAGCUGGUUUCAUUAUUAAAGAAAUCUUGGACCAUCAUUUGCGACCAUUUUUAUAUGGUGAAGACUCACCUCUUAGUAACUUGCCUGAUUGUGCUGGUGCUUCUGUUGUUGCUAAGUCUGGGAAAGAAAAGGCACAACCCUCUCUAUUUUCAGCUGCAUUUUUAGAAGAUGUAAUUGUUGACCUUGCUCACAAAUUUUGUUCUUUUGCAACUCCUAGUAAAGAUUUCAGGAAAAAGGACAUGCCAGAUGCAGAAUUCGUAAGCUUAGCUAUCAACUUUGCAAAUUCUCUCAUACAGGAGUUUAAAAAAAGUGAAAUUAAAGUUUUAAAACACGCUGAAGAAAUAUUUUCUUUGCCACCAAUUGCGAAGGAGACGGUUGAUAAAAUAUCUAACUUUGUAUACGAUCAGUUUAUAGGGAAAUUUGGAUCUGAUGUUAUUCAGAAAGGUGACACUGGUAACAUUGUUAUCGAAAUGGUUUCCUCUUUGGCCCAGAAAGCAAUCUCUGCAUUCAAGAUUCAGCCACUAUUUUCAGGAGACUGGUGUUCAACUUUCUUUUCAUUUCUAGACCCAGAAACUAUCACCAACAGGGUUCAGCUCCUACCAGAGAGGGCUCCCAUGCAGACUAGUAGAUCCUUACAGCAGAGCCAGACUGCUUUACCUAAAGACGUGCCGAGGAAGGACCAUGAUGUUCAAGACCCAAUAGUUACCUCCAUAGAUGCCAUUAUGAAAUCUGACAUCAUCAACCUCAAGUCAGAAUCAACUGCAGGUGCCACAGACACAAAGAAAGGCGAUGAGAAGGAACUGAAACCUGCAGCCCAAAAAGAUGAAAAUGACUCAAAAGUCCUAUCUCCGGCAACCGGUAUGAAGAGCAAAGAUACUCAGGAACAACAUGUGAGUGACACAUGUAAAAGUGACGAAGUUGGGAAAGAGAAUUUAGUCCUAGUCAAUGAUCAGGGGCAGGUUCUUGAGAUAUACACCCAUUUUUCAGUUGCUACUGUUGAUAAAAGUUCCAAGAAGGAGGCACUUGGAUCAGAUUUUGAAGCAGACAAUGAAAAGAAGACUGACAAAGCUAGUAAAAAUUCAGUGAAAACCGAUGAUGAGCCUAAGAGUAAGAGUAAAGAAACCAUGGUACAAAAAGCUGUAAAAAUAGCCCCAGAGUCAAUCAAGGAGGAGAGCAGACAGUCCGUAGCUCAGAUGUAUAUAGAGGAGGGACACUACUCAGAAACUGUUGAAAAUGUCAUUGAAAACAUUUAUGACAAUGUUUUAAUAAUAUCACAAGAGCCACUGGAUUUUUCCAGACCAAUAUACAGUAGAAGCCUCGUAAGUGAUAGAGCAUUGGUUAUACUUAAAGAUUCUGCACAGACUGUUACAACAAAGGAUGUGUCCCCGUCACUUAGCAAAGACACCACUGCUAAAGAGAAGGCAAGCGAGGAAACAGAAGCUAAGGUGAGAGGAAAGGAGAGUGAGAUAAAAAGAGAGAAAGAGAUUAAAAGUAAGCCUAGUAUGACCGCCCAUCCUCAGCCAUCAGAGAGUAAAUCUAGAAUUGUUCCUGCUAAAUUUCUAGAAGACGUGAUCAUUGAAAUGGUGAACAAACUGAUUUUUACUCCUCCACCAGAAACAGAGAAGUGUGAUAAAAGUACAGAUGUAAAUGAGGAUCAAAAUAAGGAAGGACUUUAUGACACAGCUAUGAAACUCAUUGACUCAAUGUUGAAGGAGUUUUCAAAUGCAGAAAUUAAGGUAUUUAGGCCAGAAAAGGAAAAGGACAUAGUUUCCCAAGAAAUCAAAGAAUCGGUUCAUACCCCACCUCCUGUGUGUAAAGAAGCAACUCCAGAAGAACCACCAUCCAGCAGCAACAUUAAAAAUGUGGAUAAAAUAUCGCAUGUGGAUAAAACAUCUGAACAAUCCUCCUCUGACAAGACGCAAUUCAUUAUUGGAAUACCACCAAUUGAGAAAUCAGUAGUCAAUAAAAUUGUUCACUCUUGUGUUUGCAAUGUUUUGAAGGAAUGUAAAUCUCAAGAGUCUAUUUGCAAGAACAUCAACAGUAAUGGGGACAGUCUAGCCAAACAGCUAACUGGCACAGUGAUAAAUGAAAUUUUUCAGCAUCAGCUCAACCUGAUAUUUUCUGAUGAGAUACCAGCUUCAGAAUGUGUGCCUCUAGAAUCAAAAGAUGUUGAGAAAAAGAUCCAAAAGGUGGUGCAAACAUCCAGCAAAGAAUGUCAGACCUCAUCUCCGUACACCAUAAAGUUGCCUUUCAAAUUUUUAGAUGAUGUGAUUUCUGCUCUUUUAGCAAAAGUUUUUUCAAAACUAUCCAACAUCAAAACAAAAAUAUCUCAAGAAAAUCUGUUGACACAACUUGAAUUCCUUCGAAUGAAGUUAGUAAACACGGUUGCAUCCGAGAUUUCCAAAAAUGAAGAUUUGGUUAUACAGUAUGUUGACUCCUUGCAUCCAAAUGAUGAUGAAAUUAUUCAAUUGGUGGUUCAGACAAUUUAUAAUAAUCUGGUGCCACAGUUUGGAUCACAGGAAACCAUACAAAGUUGUAUAGUUAGUGGAUGUAAACUCCUUUCUCAAACUAUCGUUGACUUAGUUCUACGAGAAGCGGCUGGCAACCAGUUGCAGAACUAUUUUGGUGGUGAGUUGACUCCAUAUCAGUGCGCAGAAGUUGACAAUGUUGUUGAAAAUAUCCUCACCAAUGUUGUGUUAACUACUUCACCACAGCCAUCACGUCCUCGUAAACUAUCAUAUAACAUAAUAGAAGCAAUUGCUGUGAAAUUUUUAUCUAAGCUUUUAUCUGGGUUUCCAAAAGUGGAUACAGAAAGAACUAAAUCUCAAGAAACUGAAAUGCAAAAAAUAGUCUCAAAAAUACUAAAAUCAAUCCAACAAUUUUUCUCCAAAAGUAAGAUCAAAGUUGUACAACCUGCCAAGGACUCAGAUGCUGUGCCUUCAGCUGACAAUGCAACUAUUGAAAAAGUAGCUGAUUCGGUUUAUAGCAAUCUUAUAAAACACUCUGGCUCCCCUACAUCUGUAUUUGAAGAUUUGAUGGGUAAAGGUGAUGUCCUUUCUGACAUAAUAGGUUGUUCAAUGGUGAAGGAGAUUUCCAAUUCUGAAUUUCAACCUGAAUUAGAGGAAGAACUUCCAAGUUCAGAAUUAGUUCUGGAAGCUGUAAAAAUUAUGGAAAAAGUGGUGAAAAUUAUCGAUGAACUUAAGUCCCAGGAAAAAUCUGUAUCCCUAAAGGAUGUAAUAGUAGACUCCAGAGUUUUAGAGGAAGCUUUGGCCUUGUUCUUGGCUAAACUAGUACCGAAGCCUGGUGCAGCAAGCAAAGACCCAAACAGUUUAACAAAGCCUGAGUUAAACAAAAUUGCAUCUCAGUUGACAAAAUCUGUAACAGCUGAAAUUUCCAGAAGUAACAUUAGCCUUGUGGAUUCUAAUCCUGAAGAACAGUCGUUAGAUCUAGCAAAUGUUGAAAUGAUUUCUCAGGUUAUUGAGUCUGUUUACAGUAAUGUAAUAAAUGAAUCUGAAACCCAUAAUGAGGUCUAUGAUACAAAAGGUACAAAGAAGGCCUUCCCUAAGAAAGUGGCCAGCUUAAUUGUUGAUGGGGUUUCAGGAAUUCCAUCGUGUCGAGUUAGUCCCAAGAGUUCUUACGCUGCUACUUAUGGAGACCUAGACACAAGUAGGAUCAUUGAAAGGGCACAGAAGCAUGCUGGACAGGUGAGCUCUGACUCUGACAAAGAUUCUGACGAUGCAGAAGAUGAUGAACUUCCAGUCAGAAUAAUUCCACAUGUCAGGAAUAAACCAAUGAAAAUAGAUCCAAAUAUUGUCUCGGAACACUUGGCUGUUAUUUCUAUGAAGACUCAACCUCUGGAGACACUUAAGAUGGACUGUGUGAAGAGGACCGGGUGCAACAUAGCAGAGCUGAGAAGAGCUUCCAUAAGUGGAAAGGGUCCCUCUUCCGCGGAUGUGUCUGAUUUAGGAACCAGACAGAAGGAAAGACGUGCCUCACUGGACAGGACAGGAAGACUUGAUGUAAAGCCCUUGGAGGCUGUUGGCAGAAAUUCAUUUCAAAAUGUAAGAAGGCCUGAUGUCACCAGAGUGGAACUUCUGAAAGAUAUUCACAAUAAAAAAGAGCUGAUCGUCCGGUUAGUAGCUCAUGACAUUAGUAAGAAAGAUUCAGAAAGUAGCUUCGGAGACAACAUGGUUUCAGAAGAUGAGGAGGUUAUUUUAGGCGAGGUUGUUGGACGCCAGGGCUUAAACGAAAUACCUGAAGACCAUGUUCCAGAAGUGGUAAAACCUGUAGAAAACCAAGUUGUUUCUCCCAAGACCACAACAAGCACGAACAGCCUGAGAAAGUUCUUAUCACUAAGCAAAUGCUGUCACCCCACGUCCGGCGAAAAUACUGAAAGUGUUGAAGCCACUGGAAACCAGACAACGGAACCUAGCAAGGCGCAAGUUAAAAGAGCUGUUGCAGAGCUCGACAUGCCAUCUUCGAAAACCUUGCCAGAAGCACCACCUUCUAAGGAAAAGAUACAGCCUAAGAAAGAGGAAAUCCUUGCUACUGAACCAACACAUUACUUCAUACACAGAAUUAUGAGCACAUCAUCAUACAACCAAGAGGACCUCCUUUCCAGUGAAAUUGAAGAAUUUAUGCCAGAUUCAAAGGCUAAUGCAUAUGAAGGAAGUCCUCGGGAACCACAAACAGAGAACCCAAGCAAUGUCCAGUUUGUCACCAUCUUUGAAGGAUCAAAAAAUGUGGCUAGCUGUUCACGUCCCUCAAAGGAACACGUUUCAGAAACGUCCAGGAGCAGUAUUUCCACGCAAGGCUCUAAAGUGCUAGCAAAGGUAUCUUCAACUCUAUCAAAGGUGUUCUCCAGAUCAAGUGGCAGUACUUCUAAAUCCUCUUUACCACCUCACCAGGAGAAGCGCUGA